CAUCUUUCAUUCGAAUCAAACCAAACGUCAAACCCACUUUGUUUAUGAAGGAGUGAAUAAUUUCCGCAGCGGAUGAGCGGUGAACUGCAAAAAUGGAAAAAAACAAAAACAAAACAACCACUAAAAAUCAGUUCGAGCGGAUUGUGCUGCUUCUGGAGCAAGAGCCGGACAUAGCAAAGGGUUUCUCCCGAGGAAAUUCCGGACCCUACUGGGAUGAUCUGGCGGCAGAAGUCAAUAGUUUGGGACCGCCUAUUCGCGAUGGAAGUGGAUGGAAAAAGGUUUGGGCGGACUAUAAGUCCGGAUUAAAGCGAAAACUCGCUCACAACAAACGGGAGCAGAGGGCGACAGGUGGAGGACCCAAUAAAAUUAUCAAUUUGUCCGAGCUGGAGGAGCAGGCAGUUCUACUAACUGGGUUACUUGCGACCGUGGAAGGAAUCCCGGGUACCUCAUCUCAUGGAACACAGUUGGGUUCGCCUUCGGGUGAACCUCAAGCUGCAGACCAGGAAAAUUUUAUAUAUUAUGGUACUUCCGACGAGUGUGACGGUAUCAAUAAUACCAUUCACUUCCAGCCCUCUCAGCCGAAAAAAUCCAGACCUUCUACCACGAGGCUAUUAGAGCUGCAAGUCGAGCAACAAAACAAAUUUCACACCAAUGUGAAAUCCCUGUUAAAAAACACAAACAAGAAUUUGAGUGAUCUGGUUCAUUAUCAGCGCCAAUCAGCUCGAGCGAUUCUUUCCGUGGAUGCCACACUCAAAGAACAUCUGAGUGAACAAAAACGACAUAACCACGAGAUGGAGAAGAUCGCGCUGGAGAAAUCAAUAGCGACAAAUCCUUGAAACGCAGAUUGCGUAUAUUUCAGAACAUUAGAAUAAUGUUUCAAAAUAUCAGUGAUCUGAUUUUUUAUCUUUAUAUUGUAACUCAAGUAUAAAAAAAUGAAAAAAAGUUCUAAUCGUAUUUUUAUAUCUUUCCAUGGAAGAAAAAUCUUACUUAAUUUUUUCUUUGAAGUUUGUUUGGAAUAGCAUCAAAAUUAUAUAAACUUUUUUAAAAUUCACGAAUUUCGCCUAUAGUUUAUGGAACUUCCUUAACCCCUUCACGUACAACAUUGAACUUCACUCGUUGUUUCUCGAUGUGAAAUAAUUACAUAGCUUCAGGCAUAUGAUGAGGAUACCGACAACUGAAGAUUAUAAAAUUUCCGUUAUUUAAAAAAAAAUUGAAUGAGCUAAAAAUAUAAAAUAUAAUUUGAAUAUUAUAAUUAAAAUAAAAACGAACGAGUUAGUACGUAGUAAUAACUCCUUCGUUUUUAUUUUAAACACAACAUGUAUUUGCUCAUCAUAGGGCACCCAUGUUAGAUACCCACACUCAGCAGAGUAGCGGAACGACUCGAAGUGCUCGUUUUGGGCCGUGCUGUUGGAAAUUAAAUCGUACAGCAAGGGGUUAAAACAACGCAAAAAGUAUUAAUAAUGGUUAUUUGAAUACUUGGCCUGCUUACGAGAAAUCGAUAAUGACAUGUUCUCAAAGUGUUGGCAGGAAUAAGAGUAAAUAAUUCUGCCGAAACCAUAGUUAAGUAAGGAAGACACUUCCUUUUCCGGUGGUUGUUAUUUAUUUGAGCAUUUGCAAACAAGUUAGAUGAAAUUUAACAGUCAUAAAUAUUAAUUUAAACAAAAGUUUAUUAUGUAAACAGCUGCAUAACAUAUUAUAACUACUGAGAACGACCAAAUUCUAAGCAUAUAUUGUGAAGUGCACAGCAUACAUUUAUAAU